GCCGUUUCCGGGGGCGGGGCCGGAACUGGAGCCUGAGCGCCCGGCGCCCUGCGCUGUUCCGGAGAGUCAGGGUGAGGCGGCCCAGGCAUGCACUGUCUUUAGCACCUGCUCCUCCACAAAGGGUACCCUGGAAUGGUGAUGACACUUCCGAUGCCUGGACUCCAGGUGAGCACCCCCUCUGAGCCUGUCUGCUGCCCCAGGAGACUGCUUCGCCCCAGCCCCAGCUUUUCAGCUCUGAGAACCUUCCAGGGAGCCUCACACCCACCCACAUCACAAGAUGGAGUCUGCAAGCCAAGGACGGCCUCCUUCCUCUAUGGCCAGGCCUCACACAUGGCUCUCCUAAAUCCUUCCUGGCUUUAGGCAGAAGUGGGCUUCCUGGGGCCCCUGAGCUUCUGUGCCCAGCCGCUGAGGGCAGGAUCUCUGUCCUUUCCCAGUGCCAGUCUCCUUCCUGGUGUGAAUAGUCAGCCCAUCCCCCUCUCCUGAUGCUAACUUGCUGCUGGUGUUGGAAAUUGAGACCCAGAGGGUGGGGAUGCCCCCACAGUGCAGGCGCUCCUUCCCCAAAUCCCUGAUAGCCUGUGGAGAGGGGUGAGGCCAAGGUUGGGACCUCUUUCCUGGUAACUCUUUCUCUCCCUCCCCCAAAUUCAGUUUUCCCCUCUUCCUCUCUGGGGUUCUGCUGAGGACGAGGCUACUCACUCAGGGGGUGUUGGGCUGCCCUGUCUCUGCUGGGCCCUGUGGAUGCAGCAAUGCCCAGCAAGGAGAGAGGCCUCUAGCAGAUCACCCAAAUGUUCCUCAUCUGCUGGGUUCUCGCUGAGCCUUUGACUGUCUGGAUAGCAGAGUAUGUGGUUGCAGGAGGCUGUUGUGUUCGAGGAUGUGGCUGUGUACUUCACGAGGAUAGAGUGGAGUUGCCUGGCCCCCGACCAGCAGGUACUCUACAGGGACGUGAUGCUGGAGAACUAUAGGAACUUAGCCUCGCUAGGCUUUCUUGUUGCCAAACCAGCACUGAUCUCCCUCUUGGAGCAAGGAGAGGAGCCAGGGGCCUUGAUUCUGCAGGUGGCUGAACAGAGAGGGGCCAAAACCAGCCUGUGCACAGAUUCCAGGAUGGAGGCCGGGAUCAUGGAGUCUCCUCUGCAGAGAAAGCUCUCCAGGCAGGCAGGACUCUCAGGCCCGGUGUGGGGGUGCCUCCCUGAGGAGGACCCCGCACCACGCCACCCGUAUAGUGGUCCUGAGGACGGGUCAGAGAAGCAAACCCCCAGCCCCGGGGCUCCGGAGUGCAGCGCCUCCCCAGGGGUUCUGCAAGAAGACCUGGGCCGGUGCAUAGGGAGCGCAGCUCCUCGCUACAGGUGCGCAUGCGGCAAAGCGUUCAGAUACAACUCCCUGCUGCUCAGGCACCAGAUCAUCCACACUGGCUCCAAGCCCUUCCAGUGCACGGAGUGUGGGAAGGCCUUCAAGCAGAGCUCCAUCCUGCUGCGGCACCAACUGAUCCACACCGAGGAGAAGCCGUUCCAGUGCAGCGAGUGCGGCAAGGCCUUCCGGCAGAGCACGCAGCUGGCUGCCCACCACCGCGUCCACACCCACGAGCGGCCUUACGCGUGCAGCGAGUGCAGCAAGACCUUCAGCCGCAGCUCCCGGCUGCUGCAGCACCAGAAAUUCCACACCGGGGAGAAGGCCUACGAGUGCGGCGAGUGUGGCAAGGCCUUCUGCCGCAGGUUCACCCUCAAUGAGCAUGGCCGCAUCCACAGCGGGGAGCGGCCCUACCGGUGCCUGCAGUGCGGGCAGCGUUUCAUCCGGGGGUCCUCGCUCCUGAAGCACCACCGGCUGCACGCCGAGGAGGGCCCCCAGGAUGGCGGCGCGGGGCAGGGCGCCCUGCUCGGAGUGGCACAGAGGCCACAGGCAGGGGACCGGCCCCACGAGUGCCCGGUGUGCGGAAAGCCGUUCCGACACCACUCCCUGCUGCUGCUGCACCUGCGCCUGCACACGGGCGAGAAGCCGUUCGCGUGCGCAGAGUGCGGCAAGGCCUUCGGUCGCAAGUCCAACCUCACUCUGCACCAGAAAAUCCACACCAAGGAGAAGCCCUUCGCGUGCACCGAGUGCGGCAAGGCCUUCCGCAGGAGCUACACGCUGAACGAGCACUACCGGCUCCACAGCGGCGAGAGGCCGUACCGGUGCCGCUCCUGCGGGAGGGCUUGCAGCCGCCUGUCCACCCUCAUCCAGCACCAGAAGGUGCACGGCAGCGAGCACCGGGAGGACAUGGAGGGCAGGCGGGCGCCGCGCUGGGCUUCCUGAUGACGGGGGCGACAGUCCGAGGAUUCACACGGGAAGCCUGACACAAGCAGGCGCGGCCCCAACGCAGAAGUUCGAAUCUCACAUCCUGAAGGUGCAGCAGUCUUGAGAAGAGGCCAGCUCUUACCCGGAGCACUCGGCAUCUUGCUCCAGCUGGGCAGUGGGGAGGGAAAGGGCACCUAGUGGCCCAUGGUGUGGCCUCAGGAAUCAGCAUCAGCCACCAUUUCCUGGGACCUUUGGGAAAUGUCCCGGAGCUGGCAGAAGUGAGGGAGGGAGGGGCAGCUAUGCUCAAUCCCCAGAGAGCAGAGCAAAGGGGACGCCAUAGACACACAUGCAGCCUGGCACAGCCAGGUCUCAGCACCAGGACCUGCGUGGUGGUGAACUUCAGGUGGUGUAAAGCUGAUUCACAGGAUAGAAGAUGCCUUAGUUGGCUGCCAUGUGUCCUGCCUGUAAUCUCAUCACUUUGGGAGGCUAAGGCAGGAGGUUUGCUUGAGACCAGCCUGAGCAACAGGGUGAAACUUCUCUACAAAAAAU